AUGGCCUUUCAAAAGUCCAACAUACCGACUCAAUUUCAGGACCGGAUCACUUCUCGCCACUGCGCAACUGUCUCAGCUGGUGCGGUGCUUUUAGCUAACAAUCUACCCUCGCUCUUCGUUACGUUCACCUUUCCGUUCUUCAUGCAUCGUCUUCCUUUUGUAUUUCGUCAUGUAUUCAUAUGUUUCCUGCAGGCGGCAAGUUAUAUCGUGGUCGCCUUCUCACAGAAUGUUGCCAUGUCAUUGGCUGGUGUCUGCAUUACCAGUUUUGGAUCCGGCCUUGGAGAGAUCAGUUAUCUUGCACUGGCAUCAUACUAUCCAGCGUAA